UUCAACAUCUCGACUGAAUACAUAUAGGUAUUCUCCAUUUAUCGUUUUCCAAGUCAGUAGUCGUAGGAUAGGAAGUGAGUCUUUGGAGUGGGAAUUUAAUGUUUGGUAUACGUGUUAGGUUAGAACUUCGAUUACAUUCACCCAUCAGAUCGUCCCGCGCUGUUCUGUGGUUCAUUCAUACAUAAGUAAAUCAGAAGUCAGUGAUCCUGUGCAAUCUCUAUCUUUGUCCCCUAUCAGUUUUCCAACUUUCGAAUCUCAUCCUUGUGGUCUGGUGGCGAUAUCCUCUAUUAUCAUACAGAUAAACAGGAACAACCAUGUCUUCCGCAAAGGGCUUGGCCAAUUUUUACGCGGAUAAAAACAUUUUUAUAACUGGAGGCAGUGGAUUCUUGGGCGUGUGCCUUCUGGAAAAGAUCUUGCGUACAAUACCAAACCAUGGCGAUAUUUAUCUGCUGAUGAGACCCAAAAGAGGCAAGCAGAUCGAGGAAAGACUGGAAACCAUCAAGACAAACAGUGUGUUCGAGGAACUGUUGAAGGAGAAGAGUGUUGAAGAGGUAUUCAAGAGGGUGAAAGUGAUCGCCGGCGACGUAGGUGCUGACAACUUGGGCCUAUCCACGGAGGACAGGGCACUCUUGGUCAAAAGCAUCAACGUCAUCUUCCACUCAGCGGCCACCUUAGAUUUCGCAGAUAGUCUCAGAGACACAGUCAACAUCAAUCUUUUGGGCACCAGAAGGGUCACGGAACUAGCCACGCAAUGCGAAAAAUUGGACGCUUUGGUACACGUCAGCAGCGCCUACGCUAACUCCUUCAAACUGGAGUUGUACGAGGAGUUGUAUCCUCUACCAAUGGAAUCCGAAGAACUCAUAGCCACUGUUAAGAAAUUAUGCUUCGAGGAAUUGGAGAGACAAACACCGGAGAUCUUGGGUGACCACCCCAAUACAUACACCAUAACCAAACACAUGGCAGAACACGAAAUAAAAAGGAUAGAAGAGACAGUUCCAUGUGCUAUUGUACGACCUAGCAUGAUUGUGGGAGCCCUCAGAGAGCCCGCACCAGGUUGGACCGUCAGUAAAAACGGACCCCAAGGUUUCAUCAUGGGAGCGGGUAGGGGCGUCAUCAGGAGACUACCAGUGAGAAAAGAACUGAUCUACGACUACAUCCCGGUCGACAUCGUGGUCAACACCCUCCUGGCAGCCGGUUUCCACGCGGCAGCGACCAAAACCAAGACCGUCGAAAUCUACCACGCCACCUCCAGCACCAGGAACCCCUUCUGCUGGGCCAUGGUCGAGGACGAGAUCAACGAGACCCUGCAAGAGUACCCCCUGAUGUCCGCCGUCUGGUAUCCGAACCUCAAGUUCGUGCCCUUCAUCUGGCUGUUCAGGAUUUCCGCCAUUUUCGUGCACUUCAUACCGGCCAUCAUUCUGGACCAGAUGGUGAGGUUGACUGGGGGUAAACCAAUUUUGCUGAGGCUGCAUUUGAACGUCAACUCUUCGCUGGAUCGUCUCAGUAAGUUCAUCUUCACCGAAUGGCUGUUUCACGCUGAGAAAACGGACAAGUUGCAACAGUGGAUGUCGCUGAAGGACCAGGAAGAUUACGACGUGACCCUCAAUAAACUUGUCUGGACCGACAUCUUCAAGAUGAUGAUCAUAGGGACCAGGGUCUACCUGAACAAGGAACCUCUGAGCAAUUUGGAGGCAGCAAGGAAGAAGAACCAAAUAUUCAAAACCCUGCACUAUGGGGGACAAAUUGGAGCUUAUUUGAUUAUCUGGUUAGGUUUUUCUUUCCUCUUCAAUAUUUCCCUCUUGCCCGCUUUAGGUAUAAUUCCGUUGGCGUACAUUGGCCAAAGUUACAUUUAGAUUUACGUUUUUGUUAGCAUUUUUUUUAAAUUAUCUAGAUUUUAAGUGAUAUUUAUAUUAAAUUCAAGGGUUUUAAACAUGAAUUUGUCCUACCUGUAAGUAUUUACACUGUUAUGAGUGCAUUAACAUGACAAUAAAAUAAAAAAAAAUU